UUCAGCCAAGGGAUAAGAUCAACAGUACUUAUUGCUCUACCCGUCCUUCAGGGUCCAAGCCGAGAUCACGAACUGAUCUGUGACUUUUGCGUGAUCUUUACUCUUACCCACAUUACCCACACCACGAGAUAUAAACCGACAACAUGCUACCUCCCGUAUUUGCCGCUUCGCAUCCUCGUGCUUGCAGCACCGCCUUCGAAAGGGUUUUCAUGACCCGGCGCGACACCCUGUCAUGUGUCCACGAACCAUUCGGUGACCCCUUCUACUAUGGCCCCGAGCGGCUCAGCUCGCGCUUCGAGGACGACGCGGCCUUGAGGGAAGCCACGGGCUAUUCCAAGACCACCUACAAGGAUGUCAUGGACCAGAUCGAUGCGCAUUCUAACGAGGGCAAGCGAGUCUUUAUCAAGGACAUAGCUUACUACCUGUUUCCUGAAAACGGGGCCCCGGCCAAGCCUGCUCCUUCGCUGUUGCAGGUGGACGCCAAGGGCUCGGCCAAGCCCGGAACACUGGAAGUCAACGGAACCGGCGGGGUGAAUGGUGUGCAUGCGGCGAAUGGCGUAAACGGCGUGAAUGGUGUGAACGGAGCCAACGGUAUCAACGGGACCAACGGGACCAACGGGGCUGACAAGCCGGUCAAUCCGACCGUCGUCCCAACCGAACUGCUCCAGAAGUUCCACUUCACCUUCCUCAUUCGACACCCCCGCCGGUCAAUCCCAUCGUACUUCAAAUGCACCAUUCCGCCCCUGGACGAAGUGACCAAGUUCUAUCACUUCAUGCCCAGCGAGGCCGGCUAUGACGAGCUUCGCCGCCUCUUCGACUACCUCAAGGACGAGGGCAUCAUCGGGCGCAAUGUCCCCAUCACGGUGAUCGACGCGGACGACUUGCUUGACAAGCCGGCCGAGGUCAUCGAGGCCUACUGCAAGCAGGUUGGCAUCGACUACACCCCUGACAUGCUCCGAUGGGAGGACGAGGAGAACCAGCAAUAUGCAGUCCAGACCUUUGAGAAGUGGAAUGGCUUCCACAACGACGUCAUCAGCAGCACGUAUUUGAAGCCGCGGUCUCACGCAGUGGUAUGAUAUCAACCCUUCUUCCCGGCAACCCGUGCAAUAUGUACUAAUAUUUCCAGCAGAAGAGUAUCACCGUCGAGGAGGAGGACGAGGAAUGGCGCCAGAAGUUUGGCGAGGAGGCACAGAAGGUCAUCCGGGAAUGCGUCGAUGACAAUAUCCCGCAUUACGAGUAUCUCAAGUCAUUUGCUCUCAAGGUCUAAGGAGUCAUCAAUGUAUAGCACGCCUAUAUCCUAAACACCACAUAUGAUACAACCGGUGUACUAGCAAAAUACAAGAGGAUAUACCUCUGGGGUUCGGUCUAGACCUGACCGGGCCAACAUCUCAUUAGCCAGACAUUGCCCCAGCCUAGUUGUCCCAAGCAUGGCCUAAACG